GGUUCUGUCAAUACACGUAUACAGAUUGAAUUAAAACCCGGUCUGUUCUCGGAUAUCAAGAUUUCCAGCCGAUUAAACUCGAACAACCAUCGAUCAAGUUUUUCCCCUAACGGUACUGUUUAUCCUGCGCAGUGAACGUUAACAGGAUUACCUUGCCGUGUUUAGACAGACCGCAAAACCUUUCCACAUGAGUGCCACGCUAUUUCAGGCUUAUCCAGACCUGCUCGGCCGGUAUGCUAAUUGUCAGAACAUAAACACGAUACACAGUAUGGCGAAAGACAUGGGCUCUCUCCCAGUGGCCGUCUGGGACAGCCAGGCCCUGACCCUCAGGGAUGUACUUAUGCAGGUGGAUGUCCCCACUCUAGGAAAAAUCGUAAAAGGGCAGUUUAUGAACUUGGGAGUUUCCAAAAUUCCAUUCAGGAACUUACAACAAGAGGUAUUGAUUCAUUCUAUCAAAACAAACAUAAAAGUGUUGUCCCACAGUGUUCAGCGUAUUGAUGGUCGGGACGGACGGUUACGGCUUCAUCCUCUAGAACAGAGGCUGUCGAUCCCUAUCACAUAUCAGGGAUGGUUCGAACUACUGUCCGAAGACGGCCGAUCGGCCCGGCCAAUUGAUAGUGUGAUGAACUUGGCCAAAGUGAGACCGAAUCGGUGUCUUGUAAGACAAAAUAUUAAGGCAUUUAUGUCCAGCGAGGACGGACAGAUGACGUAUGAUAAAUCAAAGAUAGUGCCGAGUGGGGAAUCUUUGACCAUUAUGGGUGACGUCACAGUGAAAGCACCGACAGGAGAACGGCGUAAGGUUUUAAAAUGUCGAGAUUCUAAAGGUGUUAUUCUGUUCUUUGAUUUGGAACAAAGAGGACUCUUUACCCCCAUCGCGGGCCCUCAGGAUGUGACUGGUGUAAUGACCAUUAAAGACAUUAUUGGGCGUUUCCGUCUGCCCCUCACUGUCAAGUUAGUCCAGGGCGUGUGGCCCAAAGUGGACACUAACCGCUUCACAGGGAUCGUCCGUCUAGAUUGGGUUUACACGGACGAAGUGGCGUUCCUGUGUCCAUUGGAUCGUGGUAUGUUCCGGAUCACACCCGUCCCUACCGAGGUGCUAAUGAAAGUCUUGCCAGCAGUAAACUCCACAGAGAUUCUUGAGAAUCAGACAAUUAAAGACAUAAUUACAAAGGUAAACAGAAUGGUGGCCAACUAUAACAAUACCAUACAUCUUAUUUUAGCAGUUCCGGAAGCUGCCAUGGUUAAAAAUAAGUCUCACCAAAUGGCCAACAUGUUCUCACCAAAGGAAAGUGCGAAUGGUCAUUCACGUGUAAAGCGAUCGAAAAGUCGCGAGGAUGUCCUAAUGAACGAUGUGGAUGAGCUGUAUCAAUAUCUACGUGAUGGGAAAAUGCCUCCAAAAGAAAAAUUUCAUUACGACUCAGAUGAAGAGAGCUUUUUUGAAGAGCCUGCUUAUGAGAAGUUAGACGACUUCCGGUCCAGAUUAGAACGCUUGGAGCGGGGUGAACCCGCAAAUCAGAGCAGUCGUUAUCGCCCGGCAGACCUUGCCAAACUUGGUCUACAUAAGGGUACUGAAAAUCUUAGAUCCGUCGAUGAAGUGAACGGAAAUAAACCCACCACUCCCCCUGAGGCCCCUCCACCCGUUCCACCGCGGAGGUAUACAAGAGCCGAUUCCGCACCGACGAUUAAGUUGAGUCAGGUCCAGAAAUCUAGUCCUCAGAAGACCGAGUCCUCUAGCGGCUCGAGUCGGGGAGGGGGAAGUAAAAAAGACACAAAACAGACUAGCAAUAAAACUUCCUCACAUUCAUCAGGGAAGAGACAUUCUGUACACACGUUCUAUUUAUAGAUUUGAUAUACAGUGAUAUUUAGCAAGUGCCAAGUUUUCUUUUGUAGCUUUUCACAAAAGCUCUCAAAGGAUCAUAUUAGCAUUUAUUUUUUAAUGAAUUUUCAGUGAUAUUUUUUUUAAGGAUUUGAAAAUCGCACAAAAAUGAUUA